AUGCGUUGGGUAGUGAUCUCGUUGCUGGUGUUAUCGACGCUAUCUUCAGCAUUUUAUCUGCCUGGCUUAGCUCCUGUAAAUUUCUGUGAAGCAUCAAAACGUAAACCAACAUGCCCAAACAAUGUAACACUAUAUGUGAAUCAUUUGGAUAGCGAUCAAUCGGUCAUCCCUUAUGAGUAUCACAGUCGGGAUGACGUCAUCUAUUUGCUAUUCAGUUUUGAUUUUUGUAUCGGAUCUGAAGAAGAGUCUCCAGUUGAAAAUCUCGGCCAAGUUCUGUUUGGUGAACGAAUCCGACCAAGCCCCUACAAGGUUAAAUGUUCUUAA